UUCUUUUUUUCUUUUUUUUGCAGGUGGACCCCGAGCUGGGAAGCGGGCAGAUUUCGUUUUCUCGACUCGUUCCGUCGAAUUGGAUUACAGCGUCGAAAUACAGAGAUGAAGUCUUCCACACAAAACCUUCUCCUCCUGUUCUGUUCAGCAGCGAUUCUGGUCUCCCACGGCAACUUGGUGAUGUACGGAGACCCUUUCCAGCCGGUCACUAAAGACGAGAUCGUCUCGUCGGGUGGAACAGUCACUCUGACCUGCACGGUGGAGGACAACGACAACUCGUCCCUCCAGUGGUCAAACACUGCUCAGCAGACCCUGUACUUCGGGGAGAAGAGAGCCCUGAGGGAUAACAGGAUCCAGCUGGUGAAGUCGACGCCCACGGAGCUGUCAAUCAGCAUUUCUGAAGUGGAGCUGUUGGACGAGGGAGAAUACACCUGCUCCAUAUUCACCAUGCCUGUGAGGACAGCGAAAGCGACUGUCACUGUGCUGGGGGUCCCACAGAAGCCUCGGAUUUCGGGGAACACCGAUCCCGUCGAGGAUGGGGGGAAGCUCAAACUCACCUGCACCACUUCAGGAAGCAAACCCCCAGCGAAACUGCGCUGGUGGAAAGAGGGACAAGAACUGGAAGGCUUCCCCAGCACGGUGGAGUCGGACCCUGACGGCCGCUCCUUCAAGGUGACCAGCGACAUCGUGCUGACCGUCACGAAGUCGGACAACCGCGCCACCAUCAGAUGCUCCGUCGACCACGAGUCAAUGCCCUCCGCGGAGAAAUUCACCGAAGAGAAGAUCGAAGUGCUGUUCAAACCCUCAGUGGUGAUCAAGCCCAUGAACAAUCUGCCGAGAGAAGGAGACAGAUUCCACCUGGACUGUGUGGGCUUAGGAAAUCCAGAUCCCACAUCGUUCUCCUGGAGGAAGGAGAGCGGGGAGCUGCCUGUACUGUCCAAGAAAGAGGACAACAGACUGGUGUUCGAGGCCCUCAACAAAUCUGACGAUGGGACGUACCACUGCGAGGCUAGAAACAGCAUCGGAGCUGGAGAAGGGAGCUACAUACUGCAUGUGCAAGAGCUCUCUCCUCCCUCUCUCACUCCCUCCAUCAGCAGCACUCUUUCUCCAGACAGUCUGACACACUCCCCCACUUCCAGCAAGGCACACAGGGACACUACAGGGGUCAUCAAGGGGCCAGACCCGACGGCUAUGCCCGCCUCCAGCAGCAUAGACCACGCUGUGAUUGGCGGAGUGGUGGCGGUUAUUGUCUUCAUCCUUCUGUGUCUGUUGAUCGUGUUGGGACGCUACUUGAUCAGACACAAAGGGACGUACCUAACCCACGAAGCGAAAGGCUCCGAUGACGCUCCCGACGCCGACACAGCAAUCAUCAACGCCGAAGCGGGACAGUCCGGAGCAGAGGAUAAGAAAGAAUACUUUAUCUAGAGACGGGAGAGAGAGAGAGAGAGAGAGAGAGAGAGAGAGAGAGAGAGAGAGAGAGAGAGAGAGAGAGAGAGAGAAUCGCUACGAUCAUCAACAGCACCACUGUAGAAGGACUCACAGCUCAGGCAAAAAGUUAAAAAACAAAACAAAAUAUGAACAUAAUAAUUUAAUUUAACGUCAUGUAAACAAGGAUAAAAACAUCUGCAUAAGUAUGCGGUACAGUAGUAUUUCAUGUUAGAUUUUAUUAAGUGUGUGAGGGAAAAUUACAAAGCACUGGUGAGUAAUUCAAUAUGUUAGCGUGUAUUAUUCAGCAGCUUUCAUUGGACUUGAUGACGCUGAAUCCAUCCAUUCCUACAACCAGAGCUGUAGAAAGUGGUGGUGAGAAUAGGGGGGCGCGGUUAGGCGAGAAUGAACCAAUGAGAAACGCGUAUCUGUCAACUUGUGUCUCUAUCUAUCCUGAUCCAAAGCUUUCUGUAUCUACCCACUGUUAACUGUAGAGGAUAUAUAUAUAUAUAUAUAUAUAUAUAUAUAUAUAGUAUAUAUAUAUAUAUAUAUAUAUAUAUAUAUAUAUAUAUAUAUUCGGAAUGUGGUGGGAUUGAGAUUUUGUUCCCAAGCCCUUCUGAAGUUCUGAAGUUUUGUUGACUGAACCAACGAUCUGAACCCAGACCCUGAAGCUCCCUGCUAACCCUGCCUGGGUGCAAUGCAACGACCCUCCAGGACUGUGAUUGGUCGAUUGCACACACGCUGGUCUGAAGCAUCAUGACUCCCCGCAUGAUUUACACUUGACUGUUAGAAAUCUAGAGGGUCGAUAGAUCAAUUAUCACUAAGCAGUGUGUGUGUGUGUGUGUGUGUGUGUGUGUGUGUGUGUGUGUGUGUGUGUGUGUGGCUCGAUACAAGGAGGUUCAAAUCACCCGGCUCAGCCCCUGCCUCACUGUGUGUGUGUGAGAGACCCUGAGCAAGUCACUGAACCUCCUUGUGCUCCGUCCUUCGGAUGAGACGCCA